AUGCAAUUCUCCACCAUCGUCCUCAGCGCCGUUGCCCUCUUCGGCACCAUGUCCUUCGCCGCUCCCGCUCCCGGAGAGAAGAUCCUCGAAACCCGCAGUUCCUGCCAGGUUGGCGAUAUCUUUGGCGCUGGUGAUGCCGCCUGCAGUGCAUCUUGUAUCAAGAACGGAACCUACCACGGCGGUUACUGCAAUAAGAAAAAGUAA